CGUACUAGCGAAGUCGGUGGGAGACGCGGACACUCCCAGCAAUUUUCUCCUCGCUUCUUCCUUCUUUCCUCACUGCCUUUUCCGUCCUCAGUUUUUGGCUAUUGACGCAUAAAGUCUUAGGUCUUCAUUUUCUAACAUAAUUUCCAAAUUGCCACCAUUUCACUAGGGUUUCCAACAAGCCUUUUCACGAUCAAUGGACUCCGAUUUCGCCGCUCGUUUCUCUAUUCUGUCAAAGCGUUUUCAGUCUCGAUCUGAUCUGUAUCUGGAGAGAGGAGGAGAGGAGUUUGACGGCGAUGAGGAGUGUUUGCCGGAGUUUCUUUGUCCGUUUUGUGCGGAGGAUUUCGACGUGGUUGGACUUUGUUGCCAUAUUGAUGAGGAGCAUCCCGUUGAAGCAAAAAAUGGGGUAUGUCCAGUUUGUGCGAAAAGAGUGGGGAUGGAUAUUGUUAGCCAUAUUACAAUGCAACAUGGAAAUUUCUUUAAAGUGCAGCGGAGGAGGAGAUUCCGCAGGGGUGGGUCCAACUCAACAUUUUCUAUAUUGAGGAAAGAGCUGCGGGAUGGAAAUCUGCAAUCUAUUUUUGGGGGUUCUUCACGCAUAGUUUCUUCCUCCAAUUCAGAACCUGAUCCAUUGUUGUCAUCAUUUAUGUAUAAUGCGCCUGUAGUUGAUGAACCUGUUGUUGUACAACCUGAUUCUUCCGCUGAAGCAAGUGUGGUAAAGGAGAGCUCAGAUGAGGGUUUCUCAGAAAGAAACAUCCAAAAGCCUCAACUAUCAGAUAAAGAGCAAGAGGAGAAGGCUAGGAGGUGUGAGUUCGUCCAAGGGCUUUUGCUGUCAACUAUUCUUGAAGACAGCUUAUGAGAGUUAUGUAUAAUUGGCUUGUACGGCCAAAUGUAUUUUGAGUACCGGGAGAUAAGUUCCAAGAAAGGGGAAAAAGAUGUGAUCAAGUUGGAUAUAUAGUUGGGUGGGGAGGGGAGGAACAAUAUAUUAUUCCCUAUUUGUAUGUAGAGAGAGAAGAUUAUGAUGAAGAAGAUGGAAUAGGUUUUCCAACUUUUAUGUGCUCAAAUGAGGUGCUUUUACUAACUUAUUUUACAAAGAGGUGGUGGCAAUUGGGUCCUAUUGUAUUUAGGCUAUCUCUAUGUUCAUAGUGGAAAACAUGUAACAAUGACUUAAAAACUACUUAACUUAGGCAUUGCUACAACGUUAAAGCA